AUGCAUAAGAGUACCGGUUCACUCUCGACCUUUCCCCAGAUUCAAAAUGCCUACUCCAAUCCCCCACCCGCCACCUCGCUAGCAAACAACGACAGAGCCCAGCAACAACAACAACAAAAUACACAGACGCACACGCGCAGUCGCAGCAAUAGCAUAACGAGCAGGUUCCUAAGACCCACUACCAGUUCAGGCGAUCAACAACAACAACAGCAGCAGCAGCAGCAGCAGCCGAAGGUCACCCUUUACCCAAGCCCUCCUCCCGAAACCCCACGCCUCGGCGGCGUGCUCGCCAAGGAACGCAGGCCCUCUUUCGGCCGCAAGUCGUCCUUCUCGAGACUGCGCCGCAGCAGCUCUGCCUCGAAUGUCGCUGCGGCCGCCGCCAAAGAGCCUCCUGGACGUCAGGGCAAGCUUCGCGUAACCACCGAUCACUCUGCUCCCCCGCUGCCCGACAUUAAUACGUCGCGGUACUCUCGCCUCGACAGUUCUCAGGAAUCUUAUUUCUACCUUCAGUCGCCACCGCUUUCGGCCGAUUCCUUCUCCAAGAUGUUGUCGCGGACGACUACAAACAAUGGCGGGCAGAUGGCCCCGCCACCAGGCCCGACCUCGGGUCAGACGGACUCUUAUAGUAUGGUUUACCAGCAUAUACAAGAGACAGCCAACAAAAGGAUUUCUACAUUAGAUUAUCUGCGAAAAGCACACGAAGGGCGCGUUUACUGGUUCAACACGCUACUCUUCGACAAGCCCGACCUAGCGCGCAUGCCAUACUUUGAUAGCCGCAAACUCGCUCGUCGCGCAACAAAUUACCUUUUGCUUGGCCUCUCCCUUCCCGCCGUCGUCGAUCUCAACAGCUCGACCCCACUCGAGUUUCUCCGCAGUCUAAACAUACUCCUCGGCGAGUUCGAGACCUUUCAGACUCUUCACUCUGAGUCGGGCACCGCCGCUUCGUCCCUCUCCCGCGCCCGCAUUCCCAACAUGUUCCGCCGUGGCGCUCAGUCCUCUAAAACUCGCCGGACCUCUGGCGCCAACGACCUUGGCAUUGCUGGCCUUGACCAAUCCGAGUCCAACGGCGGUCCGCUCACAGGAAAUCCUCUGGACGGCGGAUCAUCAGCCGGCGGCGAUACUCCUGCGUUAUCCUUCGCCGCCAGUGAUACGGACCUGCUGCCCGGCGAGGAGUACACACACCUCCUCACGCCAUCGCUGCCCUUCGACCCGGACUUCUUUGAGACAUUUGCAACGCUCUGCGAUGUCCUGAUAGACUGCUACAGGCGCCUGCUGACGCUGCUCUCGUCGCCCAGGGACUGCAACGCACAGAUCGCGGAGCUCUUCACCAAGGCCGACGCCAGGGUGCGCAAGAUCAUCAUCCAGGGUGCUGUCAAGGAGUUUGAGGACACGAGCCGCGCAGGAGUUAAAAACGAGGUCGCCAACGUGGGCAAGGUCGUUCUCGGCUCGCUAAUGUGAAAACUGCAUGUAAUCUUUAUUUAUUUCUUUCUUUUGUUUUUCCCCACUCUACUUGAUUGCAUUUUCAAGCCUACUUUUCCCUAUAUUGUAUAAAAGACCGAGGGCAAGCGCAGGCAUUUUAGGAACGGCACACGUUUUGGCUUUUGUUUUUCUUGGUUCACUGGCACGGAGUUGAUUCAUGGCACUAAUUGGAAGACGAGGAUAUCAUCGUCCUUGUAGCUUGAUACCACUUUAACGAGAAUUUGUUUAAUAUAAAAGUUGAUGGCAUGAUAAAAAUGGGCAGUCAAGCACUAGAACACUGGCCAACCAGGGCACACGGGUAUGUUUUUAUGGG